AUGCCCAAGGCUGCGACCAAGCGAGGCACCGUUCAGAAGAAGCGGGCCAAGAAGGACCCCAAUGCCCCCAAGCGUGGUCUGUCCGCAUAUAUGUUCUUCGCCAACGAGCAGCGUGAGAACGUACGCGAGGAGAACCCCGGCAUCAGCUUUGGCCAAGUUGGCAAGCUACUCGGUGAGAGAUGGAAGGCCCUGAACGAGAAGCAGAGGGCUCCGUACGAAGCCAAGGCGGCUGCCGACAAGAAGCGCUACGAAGAUGAGAAGCAGGCAUACAACGCCGAGGCCGAAGAGGAGUCCUCGUAG